UCAAUCCGGCAUCUCGUUACCGUGGUAUGAAAUUUCUGUUACACGUUGCCAGAUAAAGGCAAUCGAGGGGUGAACCGAUUAGCGGAUCAUUUACGAGACGAUAAAGUGCACGAAGCGGCAAAACUUGCGUAUCGUACGAUAAAGCAGAUUUAAACGGUUCAACAGAAAACAGGAAGUUCCCCGCCCUCGUCCCCCGCCAUAUUGCGUUCAGUUCGCGUCUUCCGCUUGCCAAAGCAAUAACUAGUCGUCUUGGGGCGGAAUACUGUUGUCGGUAGCGAUUUGCAUAAUUCCUAGCCUUCUGCGGACGGUCCGAACAUUUUUCUCCACUUACGCUGUCAGUAAGCUAAAGAGUGUCAGACGAUGUCAGACCCUGCGGCAGAUCAUAUCAAUACACCUGAGGAAGAGUUGGAAGUUGAAGCAAAUUACAAACCUCCACCGGAAAAAACAAUUGAACAGAUUCUAGAGGCGGAUAAGGAAGAUGAAAGUUUGCGCAAGUACAAGGAAACUCUGCUGGGAGAGGCCAAAGCGGGUGCUAUUGUCGUCGAGCCUGACGAUCCAAGGAAGGUGAUAGUGAAAAAACUUGCGCUUUGUGUUACGGAUCGGCCCGAUAUGGAGCUGGAUUUGACCGGAGACUUGACGCAGCUCAAAAAGCAGUCCUUUGUAAUUAAGGAGGGCGUGAGCUAUAAGAUUCGAAUUGAUUUCAUUGUUCAGAGAGAGAUCGUUCACGGAUUGAAAUACGUGCAGAAAACGUAUCGUCUCGGUGUGCCCGGAGUCACAGUUGACAGAAUGACGCAUAUGGUGGGAUCUUAUCCUCCCAAAUCAGAAAUCCAGUCUUACACGACCCCGUCAGAAGAUGCACCAGCCGGUGUGAUGGCCAGAGGUUCCUAUACAGUGAAUUCCUUGUUCACGGACGACGAUAAACACGAACACUUGAAGUGGGAGUGGUCUUUUGACAUCAAGAAGGACUGGAAGGAGUAAAAUUUUCAAAUCGCUUACAGUUUGUUCCAAUCCAUAAUUGAGAGGAGCCAUCUCGGGGUGUACGACCCUGAAUUAUUCUGAAAUUAUGGUACGCAAUUAAUUAUAGGAAUUACUGUUACAUAACAUAUAAGAAAUAAUUUUAAAGAAUUUCGCCAAAACAAAACUUUAACCGCGCAUCCACUGUUUGCUACUGGGGUAUGUCAACGAUGCCAUCAUUAUACACACACACACACACACACCAAUUGUUAUAUAACAGCGGUUAUUAUUUAGUAUUUGCACCGUUACAAUACAUCGUGGAAGAUCAAUCGUGUCUCAUGUCUUGCUAGAAUAAAUUAAAAUUCCUUUUCCGAAUCGCACUUCGUACGAAGUUUCCGUUUAGAGGCUGAAAAUAAGAAAGUGGAAAGUAAAAGGAAAAGAAAAAUAUACGAUUGCUAAGAUAAUCUAAAUAUUUGAAACUAAACUGACAGUUGAAUAAUUGUGCAGAUACGAAAUAAUUAUUGCAGACUAAAAAUCUUAGUGCCUCUUGGUGCUGAUGAAAAUUAUUUUUCUGCCUCAAGUGGACAGGUAAAUAUAGGAUUUAUAUAUUAGAAUAGGUAAAAUAAGAAAAGAAUGAUAUUAGAAAGCAAAAGGUUUGAUGAAUUUUUCAAUUUCGUACGUUAAUUUUCAUACAAUGUAUAAAUAUGUAUAUACAUAUGUGUGUAUGUAGGUAUAUACAUACGCAAUGUAUGCCCAAGUAAACGAAUGGAAUUAAACGUAUAUAAACAUCGUA